UAUCAGUUAUACAGUUGGCAACAAUUCUUGCCCAAAUCUCCAUUCUUUGAUUUCUCACUCUCUAAUGGCUUCCACCCUCUACGCCCAGCUUACCACCCCUACUAAACUCAGUCCUCUUUCCUCCCGCAAGCUCUCUUCCUUGUCAUGGCGCACCAUGUUUGAUGAUUCUACUCUUUCCCCUCUCAAUUUUCCCACCUACACCAACAAAGUAGGCAAAAGUUGUUCGGUACCUAAGGUGGUGUGCAACGCUCAGGCUGCUCCAGCUGCGGUGAAUUUAGCUCCCGGAACGCCAGUGAGGCCGACUAGUAUACUAGUUGUGGGUGCGACAGGUACAUUGGGAAGGCAAGUAGUUAGAAGAGCACUGGACGAGGGGUACGAUGUUAGAUGUCUGGUCAGGCCUAGGCCUGCUCCUGCUGAUUUUCUUCGUGAUUGGGGCGCCACUGUUGUCAAUGCGGAUUUAAGCAAACCUGAAACAAUUCCAGCAACAUUGAUUGGAAUCCAUACAGUUAUUGAUUGUGCUACUGGACGUCCUGAGGAGCCUAUAAAGACUGUAGAUUGGGAAGGAAAAGUUGCACUUAUACAAUGUGCUAAAGCCAUGGGCAUUCAAAAAUUUAUCUUUUUCUCCAUUCACAACUGCGACAAGCAUCCUGAAGUUCCCCUUAUGGAGAUCAAACACUGUACAGAGAAGUUUCUCCGGGAUUCAGGCCUCAACCACAUCGUAAUUCGGCUAUGUGGCUUCAUGCAGGGCCUUAUCGGUCAAUAUGCAGUGCCUAUACUUGAAGAGAAAUCUGUAUGGGGAACUGAUGCUCCCACUCGAAUAGCAUACAUGGACACCCAAGAUAUUGCUCGCUUGACAUUCAUAGCUUUACGCAAUGAGAAUAUUAACGGGAAGCUUCUCACUUUUGCUGGCCCUCGGGCAUGGACAACCCAAGAGGUGAUAACAUUGUGCGAGAGACUUGCCGGCCAAGAUGCCAAUGUGACUACAGUGCCUGUCUCAGUUUUGCGAUUGACACGCCAGCUGACUCGGUUGUUUGAGUGGACAAAUGAUGUUGCUGAUAGAUUGGCAUUUUCAGAGGUUUUGACAAGCGAUACUGUCUUCUCAGUUCCUAUGACUGAGACAUAUAGCCUUCUCGGUGUGGAUGCAAAAGACGUCAGUUCACUGGAGAAAUAUCUGCAGGAUUAUUUUACCAACAUACUGAAGAAGUUGAAAGACCUUAAGGCUCAAUCAAAGCAAACAGAUAUUUUCUUUUGAGAGGAAUACUUGUUUAUGUUGUUGUAAAAUUAAUAUACACUGUGACAGGGAUACAUCAGCAGAGGCAUGCUCCUUUUGGAACUUGCAAUCUUUCUUUCUUUUUUUCCUAGAUUGUUCCUCGUGUAUUCAUGAAUUGUAAAGGUUAUACGAUUUAUUUAGUUACCAUGAAAGCCCAUGGAAAUCCAUAGAGAUUAUACGAGUCA